AUGGAGAGUGUUCCAGUGUUGAUUGUUGGUGCUGGGCCAGCAGGCCUUGGAACGGCAGCAUGCCUUGGUCAAUUCUCGAUUCCUUAUGCCAUCGUCGAGCGCGAGAGCUGUAGCGCGUCACUCUGGCGCAACCGUGCAUAUGACCGCCUCAAGCUGCAUCUCGCAAAGGAGUUCUGUGAGUUGCCACACAUGUCAUACCCUGUAGAUGCACCAACAUACAUACCAAAAACCUUGUUUGUGAAGUACUUGGAUGACUAUGUUGAGCGUUUCAACAUUCAACCAAAGUAUCUCACCAGCGUGGAGUCAUCCACAUAUGACAAUGAUGAAAAAUGUUGGUCCAUUGUGGCAACGGACAUGUCAAAGUGCACCACAGUCAAGUUCACGGCAAAGUUUCUUGUUGUGGCAAGUGGUGAGAAUAGUGCAGAGAAUAUUCCAAUGAUCCCUGGACUAGAAAACUUUCCAGGUGAUGUCAUCCACUCCUCAAGCUACAAGUCAGGCAAGAGCUACUCUGGCAAGAAUGUAUUGGUCGUUGGAUCUGGCAACUCCGGGAUGGAAAUUGCUUAUGACCUUGCGACCCAUGGUGCCAAUACAUCGAUUGUUAUACGAAGCCCGAUUCAUGUAAUGACAAAGGAAUUAAUUCGUUUGGGGAUG